AUGGAGGAAACAAUAGCCGAAUUACGACGUCAGAUUGAAGAACAGCAAAGGCUGCGAGAAGCGGCAGAGCGCCGUGAGGAGGAGGAGAGAAAGGCGCGAGAAGAGGCAGAACGCCGUGAGGAGGAAGAGAGACAGGCGCGAGAAGAGGCAGAACGCCGUGAGGAGGAAGAGAGACAGGCGCGAGAAGACGCUGAACGUCGAGUGCAACCCAACUCCCUGUUUCGCCUCCUCGAUCGCUGCCACAAUUCUCUCUCCCAAGCGAUCCGAGUUGAGCCAGAUGCCACCCUUACUACUCAGGGCGACGCGGCCGAUCCAGUGAACCGACUCUACCCCAAGCACAUCAUCCCUUGGCGUGCCUUCCCCCAACAACAGGAACAGAUCUGGGACAAAUUCGACCGUAAUGAUGCCUUUACCAUGCGCCCACUAUUCCCCUCUGAUACCCAAAUCGAUUAUGUCGUCACGAAUAUCCAGAACAGACCAAUCUAUUCGGAAGCGUCUCUUCGGAAUUUUGAGCGAGACACGGUGGACAACUUUGUUGAAAAGGUCAUUGAGGUUUUGCGAGACGAUGAACCCCUUCGAGAUGAGUUUGGAAUCCAAGGCCGAGUCACCUUCUAUGAUCGCGCAAACCCGUCGGAAACUUCGCUCGAGAACAGCCUAGAGCAAAUGAAUCCCGAGGACGCGCGGACACCCCAACGACCGGCGAACACGAGGCGUGGAAGAGGCCGAGGACGAGGAAGAGGAGCCGCGCGGAGACAGACGAGGGAUGGCACUGCGCGACGACGCAAUCGGCGUGCCGACCAGUUCUGCGUGCACCUUGUGGCGGAUGAACGGCAAAUACCCGUGUAUGCAGUGGAGUUCAAAGCGCCACACAAAGUGACCAUCCCCGAACUGGUGGCGGGUCUACACCCGAUAGAUCUGGAUCGCGAUGUCAUUGACCAAGAGGGCGACACGUUUGAGUUUUAUGCCACCCGCCUGGUCGCGGCCGUGGUCACUCAGAUAUUCUCAUACAUGAUCGACAGUGGCGUUCGAUACGGCUACAUCUGCACCGGGGAGGCGUUCGUUUUCCUUCAUAUCCCGAAGGAUGAUCCCACCAUUAUCCAAUAUUUCUUGUGUAUCCCGAAUCAGGAUGCGCAGGCGGAUGUGCAGGCGGACGAUGAAGUGCGCCUCCACCGGACUGCCAUCGGUCAGGUGCUUUCGUUCACGCUUCAAGCGCUGGCCGUCGAACCUCCGACUCAGAAAUGGCACGAUAUGGCACACGACCAGCUAACAACCUGGAAGGUCGAAUAUCUCGACGUGUUGAGAGAAAUCCCCGAAACUCUCCGUAAAGACCCGCCGGCGUCUAAUUAUCGGCCCUCUCACUGGAAACCAGAUCGGAAAAUACACCACACACGCGCUCGCGCUCGCGCGCGUUGUCAACCGGGCGCAGCUACACCGAAGCAUUCGUCCACUGAAGGUAGCGGCAGUGAUCAAGAAUCGCAUUCGCCAUCCGCCGCAGCCGCGUCGCGCAUCCGAUCGAGCCGCGGCCAAGGCAACCACCGCCAAUCAACCCGGGGAGGUGAAAGGACACGAGCCGGCCGAGACCAUAAACAGACCUCUCGGCAAGACGGAAAUUCUACGCGACCAUACUGCACCAUGGCCUGCAUCCGCGGCUUGGCUAACCGAGAACCACUGGAUAAAAGUUGCCCCAACUGGAAACUCCACGGUGGUCCAAGACACUCCAUCGGACCGCAGGAGUUCACACGUCAGCUCCAUCGUCAACUGGCCCGAGAUCGGGAGCUUGGAUUCGAACAGCUACAC